AUGGCGGCUCCAUUAUUUGGGCUGUUCCUCAUCAUCUACCUGGUGUCAGUGUUGGGCAACUUGGGCAUGACCAUCCUCACCAAAGUGGACCAAAAUCUGCAAACACCCAUGUACUUUUUUCUCAGGCACCUGGCUAUUACAGAUCUUGGUUAUUCUACAACUGUGGGCCCCAAAAUGUUGGCAAAUUUUGUUGUGGAUCAAAAUACCAUCUCUUUUUAUUUUUGUGCUGCACAGCUAGCUUUCUUUCUUGUGUUCAUUGCUUGUGAGCUAUUUAUUCUGUCUGCAAUGUCCUAUGAUCGUUAUGUGGCCAUCUGUAACCCUCUCCUCUACACUGUCAUCAUGUCACAGAGGUUAUGUUGGGUUCUAGUAGCAGUCUCAUAUGUCUACUGCACAUUUGUGUCACUUCUAAUCACCAUAAAAAUCUUUACUUUACCCUUCUGUGGCUACAAUGUCAUCAGUCAUUUCUACUGUGACAGCGUCCCUUUGUUAUCUUUGCUCUGUUCCAAUACACAUGAAAUUCAAGUGAUGAAUCAGAUUUUAGCAGCUUUUAAUUUGAUUUCCUCUCUUCUUGUUGUCCUUGUGUCCUACCUGCUCAUCCUCCUAGCCAUUCUCAGGAUGAAGUCUGCUGAGGGUAGGCGCAAGGCUUUCUCCACCUGUGGAUCCCACCUGACAGUGGUCACAGUGUUCUAUGGGACUUUGAUAUUUAUGUAUGUGCAGCCCAAGUCCAGUCAUUCCUUAGACACUGAUAAAGUGGCUUCCAUAUUUUACACUUUGGUCAUCCCUAUGCUGAAUCCCUUGAUCUACAGUUUGAGAAAUAAAGAUGUAAAGUAUGCCCUACAGAGAACAUGGAAAAAAAUUACAUAA